AUGCGGGACGUGGGCGCCUACAUGCGGACGUGGGCGCGUACGGGCGGCCGUACGGCCGACGACUAUUCAGCUGCUGCGUACACAACUUGUCAAAACAUCCAUCGGCGGCCGGCUACUGCAUCCUCCUCUCAAAUCUCAAUGGCGGCGGACACUGCGGUGACCCGAUCGCCGGAGCGGUCCAAGGCGACCCGCGCUGACGACGACGUCGACCAGGAGGAGGAUAGGGAGGCCAAGAAGAUGAAGACGAAUCUGGACACGGAGGAAGACGCCGACGAUGACGACGAGGAGGAGCUGGAGGUCCCGUCUCCGAUCCGCGUGCCCUACAUCCCCGACCGGCUAAAAAACCGCUUCGGCAUGGCUCAUCCGACGAUAUCCGCCGCCUAUCGGCGCGCCGAAACCAAAUUUCUUGAAAAACGAGAUCGCACGGAGAGGCUGCUGCCCACGCGCCAAUACUUCCGAACGGCUUGGCUCGUCCCCGUCCCUGACUCCGGGAGGAAGGCCGUGCUCUCCGCCGCCAGAUCCCUCCUCCGCCUCUCCUCCUCUCUCGGUGGCGAGCCACUGGCGCAGUCCGCCGGUUUUUGGAUCGAGUGGGACGAGGGGAGCGGAACCGGCGUUGUUCUGACGACCGCGCAUCUGAUCCGCGCCAAAAAGCCGUUGCCCAAAGACCACUGGGGACGCAAAGACCGCUACCAGUAUCAUCCGGAUGCUCUAGUUAUGGUUCACUUAGUCGACGACACCACUGUGGAUGGCCGCCUUCUCUAUCACCAGCAGCAUUAUGACCUGGCAAUCUUUAAGGUUGCAGUGGAUGGACGCGUUCAAUUAACCUCUUUUGGUGACAUGGUCAAUGUUGGUCAAGAGGCUUUGCGGCUCGGAAGAGAAGAAGAUUUCAAUCUAAGGAUAACGCAUGGCAAGGUGGAGCCAGACGACGGACACCAUUGCAUGUGCUUUUCUCGAGAUAAAAAAUAUGAGGAGGUGGAGACACAAAGAAGUGAGAGUGUGCGGAGGGGAAAGGGCGUGUACAUACCUAGGUGUGACGAUGGUGGAGAGCCGGUCAUUGACUUUGAUGGCAAGGUUGUAGGGAUGAUCAGCGGUUGUAAAAGUGGCUCCUUUGUUCCUUCUUUCAUUUUGAAUAGGUGCAUGGAUUUGUGGAGGAAUUUCGGGUGCAUCCCUCGGCCCCACCUUGGGUUGCAAUUUAAGACCCUCAAGUAUCUACAUCCCACUCAUGCCGAGUACAUAUGGCACAAGCUAAACAUCGAUGAUGGUCUUGUUGUUCAACAUGUUUCAAUGGGAUCUCAUGCUGAGAAAGUUGGAAUCCGGGUAGGUGAUAUUAUUGGACACAUUGGUGGAGAACCCGUUUCGACCACAAUUGAGUUGGAAAACAAGUUGCUAAGCAUAUCAAUGAGCAGUUUUGCUGUAGGAAAUGACACUAAUGCCAAAUUGGGUGUUUCUGUGCGUGUAUUUCACACGGCCAACUGUCUCUGGAGGAAAAACCAUUUGACUGUAAAUGUAUCUGAUCAUCAAGAAGUAGUUGAACGAGCUUAUUAUCCUAUCACUAAUGGAGAACGGUUUUCUAUUGUGUCGUCGCCUGACCAAGUUGACUCAGACUCGGACUCAGAAUUGAACUCGGAUGAGUGA